AUGUCGGACGAUUCAGUCCUCAUCCACCUCCCCCUCGCCUCCCCCGGUCACAACGCUCCCGCCACCAAAAUGUCUCUCGACGAUCCCUCCGCACCGAUUUCCCUCUUCGCGCCGCAAAUCAGCCCCGCGCCGCCGCUCUGGGCGGCGCUCGACGCCAUGCACGGGCUCGACCCGGGCGGCGCGAACGCGUGCUUCACCUCGUCGGAGCGCCUCUCCGACACGGAGUUCGCCGACGACUUCGAUCCGUCAUCUCCUCCCGGCCCGUCAUCUUUUCUGACGGCCGCCGACGACAUGGAGGCGCGCCUCUCCCGCCCGUCCCCGCACACGCGGAUCCCGGAGGCGGAAACUCCGCGCAAGAGCGGGGGCGGGGGGGCGGGAGGGGAUGGCGCAGGCGGAAUGUGCUGGUCGCCGGCGUGGCUGCCGAGCGAAGACGACAUUUUCAAUGACCCAAUCAGCGGCGACAGCACAAUGCUGCACGAAGCGCCGCCUUUUGCGGGAAACAGCGGCGGGAGCGGCGGAAGCCGCGGGUACCAAGGAGAAAGCGGACCGGGGAUGGGCGCUGGGGCGAUGCCCGCCGGAUCUGGCGGCGGUAAUCGUGGGAUGGGGGGUAUGAGUGGCGGGAAUAGUCCGUUUGGAGUUAAUCUGUCCGGGACGGACUCUGCGGGUUUGCUGCUCUCGCGCACUUCGCCGAUGCCUGGGAUGACCGUGCAGGAUCUAAUCAUGGCUGUUGAUUCGGUGAGCUUCGCCACCCCUGCGCCGCACGGCAGCCGGGCGAUCGGCGGCGGAUCGGACGGAACGUCGUUCAACAACACCCUUUCGUACACUAACGGGCCGCCUAGCAACAACGCGCCGUCAUCUUACACCAAUGCGCCCUCCUACACUAACGGCCCGUCUUACCCCGCCAACCAAUCACCGGAGCCUUGGUCCCUCACCUCCUAUUACGACACGCCCGUUUCCGAUAUCCUCUGCGAGACCGGCCAGGCCUCCACGUGUCCGUCUUCCAUUGGCCCGUCGUCCACAUCGGAUGCUCGGGGCUAG